AACAGACUACGCCAGAGUAAACAUCGCAACUAUUCAGCCUCUAUCAAAAUGGGUCUCGAAAUUAAUUCUGUAUUAUUGGUCGACGGAGUGGGAGCCAAUUGCGCUCAGAUUCUUAAAUCACAUAAAUUUGAUGUCACUAUAAUAGAGAAGAUACUAAGAGACCAACUUUUGAAGGAAAUCCCUAAACACGAUGCUCUAGUGGUUCGCUCCGCGACACAAGUGACGAAGCAAAUCUUGGAAGCAGGGUCUAAGCUGAAGGUGGUGGCGAGAGCUGGUGCUGGCGUCGACAACAUUGAUAUUAAAGCAGCGGGUGAAUUAGGAAUAGGCGUUAUAAAUGCUCCGGGAGCGAAUGCCAUGAGUGCCUGCGAGUUGACAUGUAGUUUGAUGUUGGCUUUGGCCCGACACAUCAUUCCUGCAGCUACUGCUUUAAAGGCUGGUCAAUGGGAACGCACAAAGCACACAGGCACAGAAUUAUACGGAAAAACACUGGCCAUUUUGGGACUCGGUAGAGUAGGCAGAGAAGUCGCAGUGCGAAUGAGUGCUUUCGGCAUGAAGGUAAUUGGAUACGAUCCCUUUGUAGCGGCAGAGCAAUGCGCGGAAUUCAAUGCAGUUAAAAUGGAACUUGACGAGCUCUGGCACCUUGCAGACUAUAUUACUCUUCACACACCUCUCAUCGGAUCCACAAAAAACUUUAUAAACGCUAGUAUUUUAUCUAAAUGCAAGAAAGGCGUUAAGAUCAUAAAUGUAGGUCGAGGUGGACUAAUCAAUGAGCGUGAUCUGUUAGAGGCACUUAAGUCUGGUCAGGUCGGUGGUGCAGCACUUGACGUGUUUGAACAGGAACCACCCACAGAUCCUUUGACUUUACAGAUCAUUAAGCAUCCAGCAGUGAUUGCAACUCCUCAUCUCGGAGCAUCAACCACAGAAGCUCAAAUUCGCGUUGGAUCAGAAAUUGCGGAACAAAUAGUAAACCUGGUCAAGCCUGGCACAUAUGAAACACCUCUUGCUGAAGUUACUCGGAUCUUUUUGAAAUGAAUUGUUGGUUACUAAAAUUUAAUUUUAUAUUACUUACUUUUUUAUAACUUUAAUAAAAGCUAUAUCUAUAUGUCUGCAUAAA